UCUUUUAAGCCAUUUUAUUCAAGUUUCAUCAGAGUUUCUUCCUUGAAGAAUGCAUGUAUUAUUUGUUCAUUUUCAAGCAUUUUUUUCAAUCUCAAGACUCCAGAUUUUGAAGGGGAAAAGCUAUCUGAUAUUUAAGUUCAAGCUCUUCAGUUUUUAGGAAUUUAAUCUCUGAAUGGAUGGAAAGGUUCAAACUUGAGGGACCCGAGUGACUAAAUAGUUUCAAGGGAAGUUCUUCAAAUCCUUUGAAGAGUUUGCAGAUAAGGUUCGUGAAAAAAAACAGAGGUUUUGUAGUGAAGAGAACCCCAAUAAUGGGUUACACUCUUCUUUACCUGGUUUUAGUUCCUUAUCAGCUGGUAUUCAGUUUAAGCUCUGAUGGGCGUGCAUUGCUUUCUCUCUCUGCGGAUUUGAAGCUUCCUUCUUAUACAAAAUCCACUUGGAAUUCCUCUGAUUCCACCCCAUGUAAUUGGGAAGGCAUUCUUUGUAACAGGAGACACAGGGUAAAAGAACUCAAUUUGAGCACACUUGAGAUUUCAGGCACUUUAGGCCAAGAUAUAGGUCUCUUAUCAGAGCUUACAAAGAUUGAUCUUGGAGUGAACUCUCUAUAUGGGGAGAUCCCCACAAGCAUUGGUAAUUGUUCUAAUUUGGAAUACUUGGACAUGUCCAUGAAUUUGCUCAAUGGAAGCAUACCAACAAGUAUUGGAAGCUUAAAGCGCCUAAAAUACCUUUCCCUUUUUGAGAAUUUUCUUGAUGGGGAAAUACCAGAAAGCUUGUUUCAGCUUCCUCUUUUGGAAACCCUUUUCUUGAAUGAGAACAAUUGCACUGGUUCGAUUUCAGAAAGUAUUGGUAAUAUGACCAGGCUCCAAAGCUUAUGGUUAAGUGAUAACAAUUUAUCUGGGGUUAUACCGAGCUCUAUUGGAAACUGUAGCAGCUUGUAUGAGCUUUAUUUGUUCAAUAAUAAGUUGGAGGGCUUCCUGCCUGAGAGUAUAAAUGAAAUUGGAACUCUUGCGUAUCUUGAUGUUAGUGAUAACCAUUUACAGGGGAGGAUUUUAUUGGGUAUGGGUAAUUGCACAAGCCUCGUUCAGUUGACUAUCUCUUUCAACCUUUUCAGUGGUGGGUUGCCUCAACAAUUGGGAAAUUGCAGCAAUUUAGAGCUUUUUUCAGCUGUUCAAAAUGGUUUAACAGGUGACAUACCGUCUUCCUUUGGUUUACUCAAAAAGCUAGCAACUCUAUUCCUCUCUGAUAAUCGUUUAUCAGGGCAAAUGCCUCCUGAGCUUGGGAACUGCAAGUCCUUGACAAAAUUGCAUUUGAAUGAGAACCAGCUCCAUGGUGGUAUUCCUCCUGAAUUAGGCAAGCUGAAAACCUUGCAAAGCCUCUGGCUUUUCACUAAUAAUCUGUCGGGUCCAUUACCUGUACAAGUUCUUAGAAUUCCAACCCUUGAAAGUCUACUUGUAUACAAUAACAAGCUCUCAGGAAAUUUACCAGCACAGAUUGCCAAUCUGAGACAGUUGAAAAACAUCUCUUUGUUCAAUAACCUGUUUUCUGGAGAAAUACCACAGCGAUUGGGGCUUAACAGUAGUUUAGUGCAAGUUGAUUUGACAAACAAUAGCUUCACUGGUGAAAUACCUCCAGGCUUUUGUAAUGGGAAACAACUGGAGGUUUUGAACUUGCCUUUUAAUCUCCUCCAUGGAAACAUACCUUUGGAUAUAGGGAACUGUACAAGUUUGGGAAGAAUGAGACUCGACCACAAUAAUCUAACCGGUACGCUUCCUAGUUUUGCCAAUAAUUCAAAGCUAUCGUAUCUGGAUAUCAGUAGAAAUAGCAUUUCAGGAUCCAUACCUUCGAGUAUUGGGCAUUGCACCAAUCUCACUUCAAUUGAUUUGUCAAUGAACAAUCUGACAGGCACUGUCCCUCAAGAACUCAGACACCUUACAAGAUUGCAGCAUUUGAAUCUAUCUCACAAUAGUUUACAAGGUCAAAUACCUUCAGAAAUCUCACUUUGUAAAGGUUUAUAUAGAUUGGAUUUGGGUUUUAAUUCCUUGAAUGGUUCGAUCCCUACUAGCUUACCCAACCUGAAAGAGUUAGAAUAUCUUAGCCUCCAAAGUAAUCAGAUAGAAGGGGGGAUUCCGAACUUCUGGUCUGGUUUUGAUGCAUUAUUAGAACUCCAGCUUGGUGAUAACUUGUUUGGAGGAAGUAUCCCUCCAUCAUUAGGAAACUUGCAAAGCUUGACAUAUACUUUGAACCUUAGAAACAAUGGCUUUACUGGUGAAGUCCCUCCAGAAUUGGGGAAAUUGAAAAUGCUCCAAAUCUUGGAUUUAUCACUCAAUAAUCUGAAUGGAGAUUUAACCCCACUAGGUGUGCUCCAGUCCCUUGUCCAAGUAAACGUUUCAUAUAACCACUUUACAGGGUCAGUACCGGAUUCAUGGCUCAGGUUACUGCAGGCCUCUCCCAGUUCAUUUUCUGGUAAUCCCGGCCUUUGUGUAAAUUGUCGGCCAGAUGAUGUUACUUGUGUUAAUGGAACCUACUUGAGCCCUUGCUCACUUGUUAAAACUAGAGGGAAAGUUCUUAGUAGGAUUCAAAUUGCAUUGAUAGCCCUUGGGUCAUUCCUAUUUUGCAUUAUAAUAGUUCUUUUACUGGGAUACUUACUCCUCAGGCCUAAAAACUCGGAUUCCAGAGAUGAGGAAUUGGUUCACGAAGGGUCAUCUUCUUUACUAAACAAAGUGAUAGAAGCCACUGACAAUUUUAAGGAGAAUUAUGUCAUAGGAAGAGGUGCUCAUGGCACUGUUUACAGAGUGGUUUUGGGUUCAGGGAAAAUGUAUGCAGUGAAGAAACUUCCUUUCACAGAUAGAAGGGGAGCAAGCAGGAGCAUGACCCGAGAAAUUCAAACUGUGGGUAAGAUCAGGCACAGAAACUUGAUUAAAUUGGAGGGUUUUUGGUUGAGAAAGGAUUUUGGAUUGAUUCUCUAUGAAUUCAUGCAAAACGGAAGCCUUCAUGAUGUUUUGCAUGAGAUAAGGCCUCAGAUUUAUUUGGAAUGGCAAGAGAGGUAUAAGAUAGCUUUGGGCACUGCACAAGGGUUGGCUUAUCUCCACUUUGACUGUAAUCCGCAUAUUAUACACCGGGAUAUCAAACCGAAAAAUAUUCUGUUAGACCCUGAUAUGGAGCCUCAUAUAUCUGAUUUUGGCAUUGCCAAACUAAUGGAUCAGUCACCCACUACCGGGCAUCCUUCCACCUCGGUCAUAGGCACACUAGGGUACAUGUCACCAGAAUCUGCAUUUACAACGAAGAGGACCGAGAAAUCUGAUGUGUACAGUUACGGGGUAGUUCUUUUGGAGCUGAUAACUAGAAGACAGGCAGUUGAUUCAUCUUCUUCUCAGGAGUCCAAUGGUAUAGUGAGCUGGGUGAGGUCUACAUUUGGCAAGAGUAAUGAUGUUAUUGAGGUUGCUGAUCCCGGUCUUGUGUCUGAAUUUUUGGACUCCUCCGUGAAGGCAGAAGUAAGCAAAGUUGUCUCUAUAGCAUUGAGAUGCACGGCUUCGGUUGUCAAUGAAAGGCCAACCAUGAGAGAAGUGGUGAAGCAAUUAGAAGACAUAAAGGCCAGGAGAUCAAGCUCAGAGGAACACUAGACUAUGAGAAGUCUCCCUCUUUCUAUCUCUCUCUCUCUCUCUCUCUCUCUGGGCUUCCACCCGAUAAAUUUUUAACAAUAAGGGCUCCUAUCGUCUCAUCAGAGAUAUCCAAUAAAAAUUGGAAUGAUACAGAGAAGAUAUCCAUCAAAAAUGGUUUUAAGUUCUGAAAAUUUUGGGAGCUCGUGUAGAUUCAUGAUAGAUUGAUAGCAUCCACAUGUAAGCCCAUGUAUGUAAAAUAUCAAUUGAGCUCUGGAUAAAGUAAUAUAGGGUGCAGUUGGCAUACGGAUGCAUCCGUAGCUGUAGAGGU